GUCCCAUCAAUACAGCUGCAUCCGCCCUCUACUCUCGACCCCACUCUCUCUCUCUCUCUCUCUUUCUCUGUAGAUUGCUUCAACUGCCACUCCACUACCGCAGCCUCACUCUUUGUAUCUAAUGCUUCUUCUCCUUCGUCUUUAUGCUUCAGCUUUCUGUUUCAUGUACUUGUGAUUAAACAGGAGCAGCGGAGAGAAAUGUCUGAUGGUAGAAACUCGCCGUCUUUGAACGAUGACCUCUCCAAGAAGACCUCAAUCUUCGGCCUUCACUUGUGGAUCGUUCUGGGCAUAUGCUUCGGCGCUGCGAUUGUUCUCGUUCUCUUCAUAAUCUCUCUCUGGUUCACCUCCAGACGCAACCACAGCAACAGGAACAAGAACUCCUCCUUCCACAAGCCGUCCGCUCAAAGACCCACAAUCCCUAACGUCUCCAAGGAGAUCCAGGAGAUCCGGGUCGACCCGUCUCGGACCCAAAGCAACCACUAUCAAGAGAACAACCCCAAGCUCCUCACCGCUCCAAUUCCUGACCCGGUGGUGGAAUCGGACCCAUUGAGCAGAGUGGAAAGGCAGGCCCUGCUGCAUGAGGACGAGAGCUCAAUUGGGCAUCAGAGGAUUCACGUCGAGAUUGGGAAGGGCCACCGGAUUGCGUACCCAGACCGGGGCGGGGGCGGCGGAUCGUCGCACGGCAGCGGAGAGGCUCGGUCCGGCGAUCAAGUGGCCAUGCCGGUGCCGGAGGUCUCGCAUUUGGGUUGGGGGCAUUGGUACACUCUCAGAGAGCUUGAGGAAUCCACGGAUGGGUUUGCCGACGAGAAUGUGAUCGGUGAAGGUGGGUAUGGAAUUGUUUACCGUGGCGUCUUGAAGGACAAUACUCGUGUGGCUGUCAAGAAUUUGCUCAAUAACAGGGGACAAGCUGAGAAGGAAUUUAAAGUUGAAGUCGAAGCAAUCGGGCGGGUUCGGCAUAAGAAUUUGGUCAGAUUGCUGGGUUACUGUGCGGAAGGUGCUCAUAGGAUGCUUGUUUACGAGUAUAUAGACAAUGGCAACUUAGAACAGUGGCUUCAUGGAGAUGUAGGGCCGUGCAGCCCUCUGACUUGGGACAUUCGGAUGAACAUUAUACUUGGAACAGCCAAAGGGUUGACUUAUCUUCAUGAGGGGCUCGAGCCCAAGGUCGUUCACCGUGACAUCAAGUCAAGCAACAUUUUGCUCGAUAGACAGUGGAACCCGAAGUUAUCUGACUUUGGCUUAGCGAAGCUAUUGGGCUCGGAGAGGAAUUAUGUGACAACUCGAGUAAUGGGCACAUUUGGCUAUGUUGCACCAGAAUAUGCUAGCACUGGAAUGUUGAACGAGAGAAGUGAUGUGUAUAGUUUUGGGAUUCUUAUCAUGGAGAUAAUCUCUGGGAGGAGCCCUGUGGAUUAUAGCCGUCCCCCGGGAGAGGUGAACCUAGUUGAGUGGCUGAAAACUAUGGUUACCAAUAGGAAUGCAGAGGGGGUUCUGGAUCCUAAAAUGCCCGAGAAGCCUUCUUCAAGGGCACUGAAGCGUGCUUUAUUAGUAGCUUUACGCUGUGUAGAUCCUAAUGCUCAGAAGAGGCCUAAGAUGGGUCAUGUGAUACACAUGAUCGAAGCUGAUGAUUUUCCUUUCAGAGAUGACCGUAGAGCUGGAAGAGAAAAUGGGCGUCGAGAUGGAAUCAAGGAGAGAUUGAUGGAGAAGUGUGUGGUUGAAUCAGGCGACAGUAGUGGGUAUGAGAGUUGUGCCCAAGCCAACAGGUUGGUGUGGAGAAAGGAAGAACCCGAAACAGAGUAGUAACCUCAACAAGUCCUCGUUGAUGUUGAGUUGAUGACAAACACUUUCUAGGAAUUGGUCUUUUGCAGCUAACAGUUAGGCACUAUUCAGUGUUAUGCGCAGCAAUUAGGAAAUUUUGAGCAUUAAUAAAGCAAGAGGGGUCAGGGAGUUAGAAUGUUUCACCAAAAAUCGCCUUUCCCCUCUCGUGAUCUGUUUGGAUGGAUGGGUGGGGACUUGUUGAAUAAGAUGGUCCCCGUAUUUGUUGCUCUUGUCUCCAAGGAAGAAAGGAAAAGGUGGAAAAGAAAGAAAAGAGGGGGUCAUCCAUGGCAGCGACAGGAGAAAGCCUUGACAGCUAUUCAUUUUCAUAGAAAUGGGAAUCUUUGGAGCCCACAACAUUUGGCAUAGUUGGGUUGCAAGCUUUUUGGCGGCCACCACCGAUGGUGAUGGCUUUGCGACAACUGGCAAAAAGGGCAUAUUAGGGCUUGUAAUCAUUGGGUUUCGAAUGCAAGAUUGCAAGUUGGAUUAAUGGUCCUGCUAUUAAGUUCUAGCAAGCAAGUUGUUUUGUUUGGGAGAGGCUUAACUAAGAAAUGAAAUCUAAAAUAUUUGCUUGCUUUCCGAUU